UAAUGAGUAGGCGUGGCUCAAUAUUAACUAGCCACGCCUUUAAAAUGUCUUCUGAUUAUCAGAAUGAGAAGAAGAAGAGAGAGUUACAGAAGAAAAAUCAAAUAAAUCAAAAGUUUGAGGAGACUGGAGAGAAGGAAAGGUUAAAAGAGUUGUUAAGGAUGAGGUUAAGAGAGUCAGGAUGGAGAGACAAACUGAGAGAACACGGGAAAGUUAUUAUUGAUAAGAGAGGGUUAAAUAAUGUCACUGUUGAUAGUCUAGUAGAAGAAAUGACUCCUAAAGCUAGAGAAUUGGUACCAGAUUAUGUAAAGAAAGAGCUCCUUCAACACAUCAGGGAAUACAUUGAGAAGAAUAUGUGACAUCAUUGUGAUAUCAUCAUUUAUGUAUAGAACAAUAAUAAUGACAUCAUUAUUGGAAAAAAAAACAAAAUUAUUAUUUGUGA